UUGGACCUCUUCAUUUCCAUCCCCCAAAAUUCAACUCCUCUCUCUUCUCCCAAGCUCAACCCGACAACCUCUCAAGUUUAAGCAGCGCCCUUGAGCUCCUCAUCUGGCAGCUCAGAUCUGUCGUUUUCCAAGAGAUGAGCUGAUGAGCUCUCCAUUUCGCUAAUUGCUUGCUUGUUUAUUAGCGUAUUUUGGCUUAAAGAUCGCAUCUUGAGGGAUCCAUAUGGGAGCAUUUGGAUCCUCCUGAAGCCAUAGCCGUCGUCUUCUAUGAUGCGAGCUCGCCAAGGGCGGAGUGGUAGGGUUGAGUGGUGCUUCGGCUUCUUGCGUUCGCGGGGUUCCACGCUCAGCUUGUUCUUUCUCUACCUGCUCAUGGUGCAGGGCCAUGGAAUUGGAAACCCUCCGCUCCAUAAAUCUCCCCUCGAGGUUCGCGAUUUGAUGCUCUUGUAGUGCUGGGCUCCGAUGGGGAAUGGCACGUCUCGAGCCGUUGGCUGUUUCGUUCCCUCAGGAGUCGCCAAGGAUGGGGUCGAUCUGGACCUCCUUGAACCCUUAGACGAGGGCCUGGGGCACUCCUUCUGCUACGUGAGGCCGGUGAUUGUGGAUUCUCCGGCUAUAACGCCCUCAAACUCCGACAGGUACACUGUGGUUUCGAACACUCUUGAUUCCGACACGCGCAGUGCUUCUUUCAGGCAGGAGAUUGCAGAAGAGUCGCAGAGGGCGAGCAAGAAUUCUUCUGAGACCACCUUUCGGACCAUAUCGGGGGCCUCAGUCAGUGCCAAUACCUCCACUGCGCGGACCGGUAACCCUAAUGUGCUCAUCUCCAACGAUACGCAAGAACCGGCUGCUUCAUUUGAGAGCACCGCUUCAUUUGCCUCUGUCCCUCUCCAGCCACUGCCUCGUGGAUCGGGGCCUCUGAAUGCUUUUAUGUCAGGGCCUUUGGGGAGGGGAUUCGCCUCGGGGCCAUUGGAGAGAGGGGCGAGUCUUAUGUCUGGGCCAUUGGACAAGGGUUUCUUCAUGUCCGGGCCGCUUGACUCAGCUGAUACAAGUAGCUUCUCUGCUCCUCUUGGUCAUGGCCGGGGAAAGACGAGAUUUGGCCAACUUGUGAGGAGCAUGAGCAGACCUAUGACGAGUGUGCUUUCAAAAACUUUUACCAGGCGUCAGCGUGGCUCUGGUUGGAUCCACCGGUUCCUCUUGCAUCCCAUGUCCCAUCUAGUGUGGCAUUCUAAGGACACAAAACCACAAUCUGAUCCUUCGCGAAACUGUUUGGAAGCUGGUACCUCCGAACUUGAGUAUUGCAGCAGCCGCAACUUGCAAUGGGCUCAUGGCAAGGCUGGGGAGGACAGGGUUCAUGUUGUCCUUUCCGAAGAGCAAGGGUGGUUGUUUGUUGGAAUCUAUGAUGGCUUCAGUGGUCCUGAUGCACCCGAUUUUUUGAUGAAUAACCUUUAUAAAGCUGUAGAUAAAGAAUUGGAGGGACUUCUAUGGUAUUAUGAAGACAAAUCAGGCCAUAUUAUUUCAUCAUCUGAUCUUAGUGAAAAUGAUGCUUCUAAGAUUUCUUCUGGUGUUGUAAAACAAGAAUCUCUUUCUUCAGACUUGCAACAAGGUGAAUUGUGGAAUUCUAGGUCAGUUAAUUUAUCUUUUGGAAACCAAUGUGAGGAAGGAGUUGCACUUGACCCAUCCCAUGAAGAAAAUUUUCGAUUAGAAUCUUCCAUGGGUGACAAUUUGGUUAAGGGAUCAAGCAUGGGUGGCCCAACUUCGGAAGGAGAAGUUGAAGACAACAAGCUGUGGUGUGAAAUUCCUCGUGACUGCAAUUCAUACAGGGAUGAUGGAAAUCUGGACGCUGGGGGUCAUGCUGAUGUAUCCCAUAAGAAAACAUCCUGCAUCUCAGAAAUCAAAUCAGAAAGUAGAUGUAGAAAAAACAAACGCCUUUAUGAGCUUCUUCAGAUGGAACUUCUUGAGGACCAUGGCAAAGACUCUUACCUGUCAUCAGGUAAUCCCACUGCCAGAAGUGAUUCUUGGGAUUUGCAGCUUAGUGCCCCUGGGGACUUGGGUAUCAGUAGCAGAGAAAUUUCCUCACCAGUACAACCAGUACUUCAUUCAUCCAGCACCAAGAGGGAAAGUUUAAGGCUAGGAGAAGAACUUGUUGGAAUACAAGAGAGUAAUGCUGUAGUUAGAAGCAGUUCAAAAGAAUCAAAGCAAAAAUAUGUGGUAUCAUUUUCUACUGUAGGACAAAAACAGAUGAUGAGAGCGUCAUUAUUUGGAACAAGGUUAAGGAAAAUGUACAGAAAGCAUAAAUUCUCACACAGGAAACUUUUCUCUUGGAGCUACUAUGGGAGUAGAAAUCCAUCUAAUAUUGAUGAUAGAGUAGAUAAUUCAUCAGUGAUUAUCAGACGGUGUAAAUCAGGGCCAGUGGACCAUGAUGCAGUACUGAAGGCUAUGACACGGGCACUGGAAGCCACAGAAGAGGCUUUUGUGGAUAUGGUAGAGAAGGCACUAGAUAGAAACCCAGAGCUCGCACUGAUGGGAUCAUGUGUUCUUGUCAUGUUAAUGAAGGACCAGGAUGUGUAUGUGAUCAAUCUUGGAGAUAGUCGUGUUAUUCUUGCACAAGAUAGACUAAAUGAUGUCUACGAUGCACAAACUGUUACAAUAGAAGACGCAAGACAUCAAAACAGUAUGAGAGAUUCUCUUGUCCAUAUGGAGUUAGACAGGAUAUCAGAGGAAUCUCCAAUGCAUAAUCCUAAAGCCCAGCUUUGUAACAAUAAUAAGACCCGGGAAUUAUCUCUUUGUAGCCUAAAAAUGAGGGCUGUUCAGCUCUCUUCUGACCACAGUACAAGCAUUGAGGAGGAGGUUUUGAGAAUUAAAGCAGAACAUCAUGAUGAUGCUCAAGCUGUCUUCAAUGACAGAGUAAAGGGCCAGUUAAAAGUUACAAGAGCAUUUGGAGCAGAAUUUCUGAAGAAGCCAAAAUUGAACCAAGCUCUGCUAGAAAUGUUCAGAGUUGACUACAUUGGAGACUUGCCAUACAUUAGUUGCAGUCCAUCAGUUCUUCAUCAUCAUCUCUGCUCAAGUGAUCGAUUUUUAGUCCUCUCGUCCGAUGGGCUUUACCAGUAUUUCAGCAAUGAAGAGGUGGUGUCACAUAUUACAUGGUUUAUGGAAAAUGCACCAGAUGGGGACCCUGCACAAUACCUCAUUGCUGAACUGCUAAUCCGUGCUGCUAAAAAGAAUGGCAUGGACUUCCAUGAAUUGCUGGAUAUUCCUCAAGGGGACCGUCGUAAGUACCACGACGAUGUUUCUGUCAUGGUGGUUUCCUUGGAAGGAAGGAUUUGGAGAUCAUCCAGUUGAUUAUUGUCUUUAGGAAGCUGUUUGCCUUGUAACGUCGUUUCUAACAAAUUACAAUCAUCAAAGGCAUCCAUGUUUUGUAUAUUUGUGCAAUGGCUCUCUCUCCUUGGAUGAACUGGUAAAAAUUUGAAGCCUUUGAGAAGAAAAA